AUGUCCCGUUUGAGCAUUGAAGACAUUUGUCCAGCGUACCAAGAACUUUACAGCUUCAUUGGAGGAGGAGCGCAUAUUGUUUCUAGCUUACUUAGCAAACACGAAGGCAGUAAACCUGCACGCGAACUGGAGUUUGACAAGCAACACCUUCGAAGACUAUUACUACCGGCCAAGGAAUUAGCACAGACGUGGGCCCGAUAUAGUCAACACUGUAUUUGGAAAAGUUACCAAGAACAUAACCACAUUCGAGGUUGGAGUGGAGGCAACGCUAUUGUGGGUUGUGCCUACCACAAUAGCUAUGUUGCCAAAACGAAGACUAAGGAUGUAGUGACUCCCCUCCCAUAG